UUCGUUUGCGGCCCCUUUCAUGUAAUUAGUUACGUAAGCUUUAGGGUAUAUUCCCUUUUAAUAACUGGUGUUUAUUGUUUCUAGUUUAUUUCCUCAGAUAAAUCUGAUUUUCUUUUUGAUUGUUCUGCGAUGGUUACUUCUGGUUUAACCCUAUGUGCGUACAUGUUGUGACGUUUAAACUAGAAAAAGUGGGAGAAGAGUAAAGUGAAGAAUAUGAGCUAAAAGUCAAAAUAAAAUAAAAUACAGCAAAGGGGGCUAAAGAUUACAAAAGUUAUGUUAGUCAUUCUCACGUUCUUUAACGUUUUAAGUAGUGCUUUUUCCUUCCAUAAUUUUCCAAGCAUUAAGUUGCUAGAAACCAGAGAGAAAUAGAGAAUAUUAUUUCUCUUCUCAUCAAUUCUUAAAAGGUAUUUGUCACGUGAGGAGAAGCCAAGCAUGGCGUCUUGGACAUCAUCUGAGUUCCUUUAUGUAGAGAUAAAACCACCAGGUAUUCAUUUCCUAGAACGUUUUAAGCGUUCAGGCAAACUCUCUUUCAAGCAAUACCAAGGGCUGGUCUUUGGCUUGACCUUCAUCGCUUAUAUCGCCUUCCACGCAUCUCGAAAGCCCAACAGCAUCGUCAAAGGAACGCUCUCUAAAUCACCAACCGGACACUUCAAGACCACGGACCAAGGCGGAUGGGCUCCUUUCGAUGGUCCAGACGGAACAGCUCUUCUGGGACAAAUCGACUUGGCUUUCCUCUCCGUUUACGCGGUCGGCAUGUUUGUCGCUGGUCACUUGGGUGAUCGUUUGGACCUCAGGACGUUUCUAACAAUCGGUAUGGUCGGGACAGGAGUGUUCACCGCUCUUUUCGGUGUCGCUUUUUGGGCCAAUAUCCAUAGCUUUUACUAUUUCCUAGCCAUCCAGACAUUGGCUGGAUGGUUUCAGUCGAUUGGAUGGCCUUGCGUGGUUGCAGUUUUGGGGAACUGGUUCGAUAAGAAGAGGAGAGGGGUUAUCAUGGGUGUUUGGAGUGCUCACACAUCGAUAGGGAACAUCGUUGGGUCAUUAAUCGCCACAGGACUUUUGAAGUUCGGUUGGGGAUGGUCUUUUGUUGGUCCAGCCUUGCUCAUCACGUUUCUUGGCCUUGUGGUUUACCUCUUCUUACCUGUGAACCCUCCUGCUGUUGAAGCUGAGAGAGAUGGAACUGAAGUUGAUUCCACAAUGAGACUUGGUGACACCAUUACUGAAAGCUUCUUGAGCUCCAGGAUGAGUACUGGUUUCGAUAGAAGAGCAGUAGGGUUCUUAGCCGCUUGGAAGAUCCCUGGUGUUGCCAUUUUCGCCUUCUGUCUCUUCUUCACGAAACUUGUGUCUUACACUUUCCUUUAUUGGCUACCUUUCUAUGUAAGCCAGACCGAGAUAGGAGGAGAGCAUUUGUCACAAGAGACGUCUGGAAACUUGUCUACACUCUUUGAUGUUGGUGGCGUAGUUGGAGGAAUCUUAGCUGGAUACUUCUCUGAUCAACUUGAUGGGAGAGCAAUCACAGCUGGAGGAUUCAUCUACUUAACUAUCCCAGCUCUGUUCCUGUACAGAACCUACGGUCAUAUCUCAAUGACAAUCAACAUCAUCCUCAUGUUCACGGCUGGUGUGUUUGUUAAUGGACCAUAUGCUUUAAUCACAACCGCGGUUGCAGCUGAUCUUGGUACUCACAAAUCGCUUAAAGGAAAUGCGAGGGCUUUGGCUACAGUCACUGCUAUUAUAGAUGGAACAGGAUCUGUUGGUGCAGCUAUUGGACCUGUUCUUACCGGUUACAUCGCAGCCAUUAGUUGGGAUGCUGUGUUUUACAUGUUGAUGACCGCAGCUUUGAUCUCUGGAUUGCUUCUUACUAAGCUUAUUAUAACAGAAGUGAAAACUUUGUUGUAUGGAUCAUCUGAAGAGGAUGAAAUUGUUUCUGCUGCUUCUGAACCAAGACCUCCCAUUGAUGUCCUCAUAUGAUAUCAUCACUUGUUUUUGUGUGUGUGUGUUUUUUUUUGUUUAAUCUGACGUGUAUUGUCUUGAUGACUUGGUUCUUUUUGUCAUUGUAACAACUUUUUUGUUUAAAGGUUUGAAUGAAAAUAAUCAAUUCUGAUUUAUUUCUGAAACAAGUAACUAAACCUAAAGAGGAUAACUUCAUAUAGAAGUUAUCUUUCUUAUUUAUUAAUAUCUUUGGAAACGAUCAGGAUCUUC